AUCUAUGUGAUUUUUCAAUGACCUUUUAUUUUUCAUAUUCGACGAAUGAGCAUUACAUUUCUAUCGUCGAGUAAACCGUAUUGUAAUAUUAUCGCUUUAUUAUACACGUUGUGGUUGAUACUUAAUAUAGUUUGAUAAUUGAUCGUCAUCGCCGUCGUCAUGAGAAUGAAAACAAACGUUUUAUGCGCCGCGAGGCGUUUCUUCGCCAAAAAUCGAAUGCACUUGAUGUUGGCUGUCACAUCGAUUGUCCUCGGAUACCUGAUGGGCCGUUAUUCCGACUACCCAGUUAAGACGUAUUCCGGUACCGAUCUGGCGACGUCAACCACCACACAACUGCCCAUCGACAUUUGGAACGGGAUCCAAACGAAAAUCGACGAGAUCGCAGGCGACAUCCGCGAACUGCAGGCGUAUAUGGGCCAACAGAAACUUCGCUUGCUAAACACCGCGAAACAAUAACAAAAGACGAGAACACACAAUGGUCUCGAAAGUCGGACACGCCAAUCACCCCAUAAACAUAUUUUCAACAAAUAUAAAUGUAUCAACACCGUCGUGCGAUGGAUAGACAAAAGAACGGUGCUCCAUAUAGUUUAAACAACAGAGAUGGCCUCCAUCAACAAGAAACAAACAACAUUAAUAAUCAGUGGGGUCCGGGGCCGUCACUCGCUCUUGUAUCAUCACAAUAUGAACCAGUUGAACUAUCAACCGAACAACCAUCUACAUCAACCAUUGUUUCACCUAUACCAUUCCCAUAUCCUAAUACCGAUCACUCAAUUCAAAGUUCUGUAAGCGGUGAAGAUGACGAAAUACCAUCAGAAGAUGAUGUUAUUGAAUAUGAUCAAAUCCAAUCAGGUCAUUAUGGUCCGGCCGAACCUACUAAUGACUAUUCUGGUAUGAGAGAUGGGCCUCCACGCAACUUACGUCAAUCAAGUGCUAUGCCCUAUUUAAAACAGCCUGGUGUUAUAUCAAUUCCAGCAGAAACGUCAGGUGAUUUUCAUAAUAUGCCAGACCUUAUUCACCAACAACAAGAAACAUCGAGAAAAAAGAAAUCUAACCAGCGUCUAUUCAAAUGUGGUUCUUGUGGCAAAAAUUUCAAAAAAAAGGCUACACUAAUGCAACAUGAACUAAUUCAUGCUGAUUCAAGCCCAUUUGUAUGUGUUCACUGUAAGCGAUCCUUCAAACAGCGAGCAACUCUUAACUUGCAUCUACAGAAUCAUUCGGGUGAGAAAUCGUACGGGUGUGGAUACUGCGACAAGGUGUUUCGGAAUAAAGCCAUCCUGAGAAAGCAUAUUCGCACUAACCAAGAUGCUGUGCAUGACAUUUUUGGCCAGGCUAAAAGUUUACCAGGCGUAAUCAAACGUGGUCGUAGUGCUGGUAUGCCACUAAAUUGUGCUCUUUGUCCAAUAUCCAAUAAAGAAUAUAAACAGAAAUCUACAUUACGCCAACAUGGUUGCGUUCAUACAGAAUCUCGGCCUUACCCUUGUGUAGAAUGUGGUAAAAAAUUUCGCCAACAAUCACACCUCAAUCAACAUCUACGUAUACAUUCAAAUGAAAAACCGUAUAAAUGUAUUUAUUGUCAACGGAACUUCAGACAACAAGCUAUACUAAACCAACAUUUACGUAUUCAUACUGGCGAGAAACCAUAUAAAUGUUUACAAUGUGGAAAAUAUUUCAGGCAAAAAGUCAUUCUCGAUCAACAUACAAGAACUCAUCAAGGUUGAUAUCGUUAUUGUUUUUCAUGUUUUCUCAUUAUUA